CUGUUGAUAGGCUAUUAUUGACGCUUGCGCGCGCGAUUUAGAUAACAAUCGUACGUUGGCAAGGAUCCAGGGUGGUCCAGGGGAGUCGUCGAGUUUGUGUGGCCGACCUGCACGUGCACCGCGGGUCGUUUACGCGGGAGGGGGGGGGAGGGGGGCGGAGGAAGGCGCGAGAAACAACGAACGUGUGUCAAGCCCGUCCGCCGUGCAGCGGGAAACGGGAAUCGCGUGAACCGACAAUAAAAGCAACGGAGAGGAGAGGCAGGAACACCCGCGGCGUGUCGCCGUGUGUUCACGUGCGACGAGCGACUACCGUCGCUGUCGCCGUCAUCUGACGUCUUGCCACCGUUCGACCACACAACAACGACACAAAUGACGACCUGCGAGGUGAGACCUGGCAAGCCGCGGUGCGAUGGUUGUGUCUUUUAACCGGUACCUGCCGGUGAUCCUGCCGGAGAUCGACGACAGCGAGCCCGACGGCGCCGUCGCCGCGAACGACGUCGGACCGCCCGACGUCAAGCAGCGCGCCUCGUACACCACGGAUGAGCCUGUUGCGAGGAACUGUUCGACCAGCACCAGCACUAUCGGCUUCCUCUGCCCUGACGACCUGGAGGAAGUGCGAUCGCUCUGCCAAGAUUGGUUCCCCAUAGAUUAUCCUUAUUCAUGGUAUGAAGACAUCACAAGCUCGUCAAGAUUUUAUGCGCUUGCAGCAGUGUACGGUGGAGUAAUAAUAGGGCUGAUUGUCGCAGAGAUAAAGCCUUAUGCCAGAUUGAACAAGGAGGAUCGCGGCAUCUUGUGCUCCAGCCUGGGAAAAAAUUGUUUAGUGGGUUAUAUACUUAGUUUAGGAGUACGUCGCGCGUAUAGGAGAAAUGGCAUAGCGUCGUUGCUACUGGAACAGCUACUCGCCCACGUCACCGCUCCAGAACGUUCCUCCGUAAAGGCAGUCUUCCUACACGUGCUCUCCAGCAACGCUCCCGCUAUAUUGUUUUAUCAGAGGUGUCACUUUCGGCUGCACAGUUUCCUUCCAUAUUACUACUCGAUUCGAGGAAAAUGUAAGGACGGUUUUACAUAUGUUCUUUAUGUCAACGGCGGACACGCACCCUGGGGUAUUUGGGACUGGGUUCGUCACCUGGCCGGUGCGAUGACCAGUCUUAUACCGUGCAGAGUACCACGAUGGAUUUGGCAACGUCUUUUAUGGGCAACCACCAUUCUUUCGUACCACAGAUGAUACAUUUUGUGAUUUAUUAUGUUCCAUUAUAUAUUUAUUUUUCUUUUUUGGAUUAUAGAGAUGUUAUACGCAUGUAAAGUGCCAUAAGUCGACUGGUUCAAGUAGUUAGCCAUAUUGCGUAGUCCUGUGCUAAUGCAAAGUUAGAAAUGGACAUUGAUCAAAGAUCGAUUUAUAUAACAUGAACAAAUAUUCAAAUUCGUCUAAAGUUUGGGCAGCAAGGCUUCAGAGUAUCUUAGCACAGCUUUUGUUACCAAGGAUUGCUAGUUAUUAAGUACAUAUCGUUAUUACAAUACUGCUGUAAUAGUUCGAGAUGUAACUGCCAAAAAUAAUUAAGUUUAAAUAAUUUGCACACGUUAGGACUUAAUAUAUCUUCCAUCAUUUUUAAAAAUUAUAAUACUCUAAAUCUCAUUGUUAAUUUUAAUGAA